CUUCUUGCCGACUAGCACGACGUGUAUUGGUAUUGCACAAAGCAUCCGCGACACCUAUAGCCGUGCUUUUCCCCCUUCUUCGCACCCAUCCGCGCUCGUCGAAACCGCUCGUAUUCUUCGCGAAGAUACCUAGAACCGGAAGAAUCAUCGACCAUCAGCCAUGUCAUCCACAGCAAACGGAGGUGCGCCGGCAGAGGAGCACGUGAAGAGCGAGCAGCAGCAGCACGACGAGGCAGCAGCAGCAGCUGCUGCCGCGGCCGUCGCUGCUGCCGCUGCCGCCGCGCCAGGUGGAGAGGGCGACAUUCCUAGAGAGGAGGCAGACGGAGAAGGAAGGGACGCUCAACACCAGGAAGAUCAAGGACAGCAGCCGCAAGAACAGCAGCCACAGGACCAGUCGCAAGACGCCUCGUCGACCAACUUCUUCGACGAACAUCAAAAUUACCAGUACUUUCCUCAAUCGUCGGGCGCCGGCGGGAACAGUUUCUCGGCGCCUUUUCAAGCCCAUCCGCAUCCUCAACACCCUCAUUUGGGCGUGGAGGCUCUCGGACACGCUGCUGCCGCGAGCGAGCACGCUGGUCGCGUCCCUGUGCCCAGUGUGAGCGCGCCAGAGGGCGAUGGGGGCAACGUCUCGAGCUACACGAACGAUGGCGACGCGUCGAUGGAGCUUGGCACCUCGUUUGCGGACACGACAGGCGCGUCUUCGAUGGACAGCCCCACGGGCAAUCGAUCGUCGUCGGGAAAGGCAAGAAGCUCAUUGGCGCCGCCCGACGGGGCCAAGAAGGAGACGCCAUACAGCCGAAGCCCCGAGCUCAGGGUCAGCCACAAGCUGGCCGAGCGCAAGAGGAGGAAGGAGAUGAAGGACCUCUUUGAUGACCUUCGCGAUCAACUCCCCAGCGUCGAGCGGAGCCCGAAGACGAGCAAAGGCGAUGAAGAGCGAGCUUGCCGCGCUCCGCGGCGAAGCGCCCAUGCCUGACGACGGCCAGCAAGGCGUGGAUGCCAACAUGGAGAACACGGCUGACUCGUACAAACAGUACGAGGAGCAACAAGCGGCUUCACAGCAGCAGAUCGAAGCGGCUGCCGCUGCGGCUGCCGCUGCGAACCAAUUCGCACAAGCGCAAGGCCAGUAUGACGGGCAAGAGCAGCAGGAGCAUGACGGACAGCAUGGUCCGCCUCCCCCAGCACCCGCGUCUGAGGACCACCACGAGCACCAGCACCAUGAGCAUCAGGAGCACGAGCAAGGCCACGAAACCAACGGUGCCGAGCAUCACCAACAACACGAUGACCAGCAAGGUACCAACGAGGAAGUUUUGCGAGACUGGAGCAGCAUCACAAAUGCUGCGGCCACGGCAGCUGCUGCCAGUGCUGCAGCUCAAUGAUGGCGAUGAUGACCUGGUCUUCUCGGUCUUCCGUCCUCCUCUUUUCCUUCCUCUCCUCCGUUCCCUCUGAUCUUCCUCC